AUGGAUAUCGCAGAGCAAUUCAAAUCCUUCCUCCAAAAUGACACAAUAAACUACCUCCGCACCUCCGCCCAGGAGCACCUCCAAACCCACCUCUCCCAAAUCCGCACCGACUACGUCCAGCCCUACAUCGUGGAACCCCUCUCCCACGCCCUCACCUACGCCUACACAGCAUCCAAUACCGACCUGCCCAGCAUCUUCCUCCUCGUUCUCACAAUCUGCCUGUCCCUCGUCAUCCUCGACUAUGCCCGCCGGCUGGUUAUGUUCUGGGUGCGUCUGGUCUACUCGCUCGUCUUCUGGAGCGCCAUCCUCGGCUCCGUGUGGUACGUGUAUCGAUUCGGCGCGGGCCAGACACUGCAAGAUGCGGCGUGGCUGUUGAUGCUCGUGGAAGGGUUUGUCGUGGAUUUUGUGCGCAAAGCUGUUAGCGGUGACGAUGGGGCGGGAUUCGGUGCAGGAUCGGGGAGGAUGGAUGGUCGUGGGGGCUGGGGCUGGGGAAGAGGGUAG